AUGGGGAGGAAGGGCCGAGGAGUAGCCAAAGGGCGGAUAUCGAGGAUCGGCAGCUACGCAAUCGCCUCGUCGAUUAAGGACCCCUCGUGCGUCUCCUGCACGACGUUCAAUAUACUCGCGCCUAUUUACAAGAGGCUCAAUCACGAGGAUCCAAAUUACAGGGAAAGCGAUGUUAAAGAUUAUUGGCUGGAUAGGAACCAGAGGAUUCUGGAUUGGUUACUGUGUGAAAGAUCUUCCAUCAUCUGUCUUCAGGAAUUUUGGGUUGGGAAUGAAGAAUUGGUGAAUAUUUAUGAUAAGAGGCUUUGUGAUGCUGGUUAUAUUAAUUUCAAGCUUGCCCGGACAAAUAACCGUGGGGAUGGUCUUCUGACUGCCGUACAUAAAGACUAUUUUAGAAUCAUCAAUCAUCAGGAGCUGCUCUUCAAUGAUUUUGGGGACCGUGUUGCUCAGCUUUUGCACGUUGAGUUAGUUGCGCCCAUCGCGCAAUACCGAAACAAUAAUGUCCGACAGGAACUUCUUAUAGUGAAUACCCAUCUAUUGUUUCCACACAAUUCGAGUCUGUGUUUGGAACGUUUACGUCAGGUCUACAAGAUAUUGCAAUAUGUGGAAUCGUACCAAAAAGAAAACAAGCUCAAUCCAUUGCCUAUCUUGCUGUGCGGUGACUGGAAUGGGAGCAAGAGGGGUCAUGUUUAUAAGUUUCUUAGAUCUCAGGGAUUUGUGUCAUCAUAUGAUACUGCUCAUCUGUAUACUGAUGCAGAUGCUCACAAGUGGAUAAGCCACCGCAACCAUCGAGGAAACAUCUGUGGUGUUGAUUUCAUAUGGCUGCUUAAUCCCAACAGAUACAGGAAGUUACUUAAAACUAGUUGGAGCGAAGCUGUAUUCGGCAUGUUUAAGUAUCAACUUAGACGAGCAUCAUUGACAGAGGAUGAUGCCUUUGCUUUUCUGAAGGCUGAUAGCCAGGGUGAUUACAUUACCUACUUGGGUUUCUGUGAAGCAUUAAGACAUCUUAAUCUGAUUGGGCAUUGUAACGGACUCAGUGCUGAAGAGAUACAGGAACUGUGGGAGCAAGCGGACAUUGACGGAAAUGGUGUCCUCGACUAUAAAGAAUUUAAGCAAAGGAUAUGGAAUGCCUCACUGUCCGAGCAAGGAGUCGAGUUGAGGGAAGAGUCUUGUGACGAUGUUGUAAAUGGCACGGAGCAAACUAUUGGAUUUAGUGUAAAAAAUGCAGUCCUCUUUCCCACAGAAGUCGAGAAAGGGAUGUGGCCCGAGGAUUAUUCACUUUCUGACCACGCUCGACUAACCGUGGUCUUUUCACCGGUUAGAAUGCCUUGCUCUCGUUUGACGCCUUGA